AUGCUGAAAAUCGGCACCAUAUUGGUGCUAUUUUGUCUUCUGCCCUCAAACGAGGGUUUCUAUGUGCCCGGAGUUGCUCCGGUUGAUUUUAAAGUUGGAGAUGUUAUUGAUGUUAAGGUAAGUCUACUAAACUUAUAAUAAUACUGUGAUUUUUACUCUUUAGGCUAUAAAAUUGACGAGUUCUAACAAUAUCAUGCCAUUCGAAUAUUAUUCCGUUCCAUUUUGUCGACCGAAAAAUGGCGAAAUUGUUUAUAAAUCGGAAAAUCUUGGAGAAGUUAUGCGAGGCGAUCGAAUUGUUAACACACCAUUUGUUGUAAGUAGACUUCAGAAGUGACUUAAAUGUGGAGCUUCCAGCCAUGUAAUUUGAGGCUCCCAGAGGCUCAGAUUCAGCCUGAGCCUGGACCCACAGCCUCUGGCGACCAAUAUUUCAUGUUUUCUAGUAGUUUUCAAUCCGCUGUUCACAAUCCCGCCAUAUAAAAUUGCAGAACUAUACUUCUAAUAUGAGUUAUGACGUGGCAGGACUUUAGGAGCUGGAAACUAGCUUCAAAAAUUAUUCUGAUGGCAUAGGGUUUCUCAGGAGGCUUGAUAACAGGUUCAGAAGGUUAAUUCAAAAGAUUUUUUUCAUGCUGAAUAUGGGUGUUCAGCGUUUUCAGCGUGAAAACCUGAUCUAGAUCAGAAACCAAGGAUCAAAUAACCAAAGCUCGAACCAAAAAAUUUUCUAGACCAAUUUUUCAAGCUGAAAAAGAAUGUUUUCGGCGUGAAAAACUGAUCUAAGUAGAACAAUUUUAGAGUUCACAAUCAGAAGGCUCGUUCAAAAAUCCGAAAAAUUUUUCAUUGGUUAUUUGAUCCUUGGUUUAAUGAGAAUUUCUGUUCUAAAUCAGGUUUUCACGCUGAAAACGCUGAACACCCAUUUUCAGCACGAAAAAAAGCUAGUUUUCCUCUCCUGAAGUCCCGCCACGUCAUAACUCAUGUUGAGUUCUAUCAGUGGGUCGAAAAUUACUAGAAAACAUUUAGAAUCAGUCUAAAAUCACGUUUUUUUCCAGUUCAAUAUGAUGAAAAAUACGGAAUGUUUAUCAGUUUGUUCAAAUAUAGUCUCAAAACAAGACGUCAGUUUAUUGAAGGAGCGAAUUCAACAAGAAUAUUCGGCACAUUUGUAAGUCACUCUCUUUUUUAUCAAAAAAAUGUUUUCAAAACGAAUCGAUUCCAGAAUCGUUGACAAUCUGCCAGUUGCCACAGUCAUCGCUGGAACCAAAAACUUGGACGUCUAUUACGAUUUGGGUUAUCGAUUGGGUUGGAAAAACGACGCGGGAAAAGUAUUUCUGAAUAAUCAUCUGGAUUUUACCAUCAAAUAUCAUCAACAUUCCGAAGGUCUUUAUCGAGUGGUUGGAUUUGAAGUGAAACCGAAAUCAUAUGCGAAUGUUCAGGCGGCUCAAGGAGAUGUGAGCUUUAUUUUGUGAUAAAAAAAUUUCAAAAUUCUUUUUUUAGACGUGCACACUUCCUUCGGAUAAUGCUCAUUUCGAAUUGACUGAUGGCGAACAAAAGAUUCCAUUUUCUUAUUCGAUCAAAUUUGAAGAAUCCGAGGUUUGCUUUUUAUCUGAUCUGAUUUUAUCUAAAUACAAAUUUUGCUUUCCCUUUCCUUUUCCGUCACAAGUUCCAAAAAAUCAUUUUUCCCAGGUUCCUUGGGCGAGUAGAUGGGAUGUAUAUUUAUCAACCAAAGGAAGUGAAAUCCACUGGUUCAGUAUUCUCAACUCCCUCGUCGUUGUCUUCUCCCUCUCUGGUUUCCUAAGUGUCACAAUUGUUCGAACUGUUCGACGUGACAUUGCUCAUUACAAUCGAGACGACGAAGAGGAUGAUACAUUAGAAGAGACUGGUUGGAAAUUGGUGCACGGUGAUGUGUUUCGACCACCACCACAUCAAAUGAUUCUUGUGAAUAUGGUUGGAACUGGUAUUCAAUUGUUGGGAAUGUGCGGAAUUGUUGUUGGUAAGGGUUUUUUGAGAAAUAUUUUUAUGGGGAGGGCGAAAAGUUUUUUGAAAAAUUUUGAUCCCUGAUGAAUGUUGCAAAAAAGUUCGGUCAAUAAUUCAAUAACACAUUUCCUAUAUGCAAAUUUUUCUGUUUCUGUGAUUUUAAUUCCGAAUUUUCAGAUUUUCCAUUCGAUGCUGAAAAUCACAUUAUCUUUCUUUCCUAGCAAAUUUUUUUUUUCAAAAUCAGUAAUAUGAAAAAACCAUUGAUCCUUAAUUUCAGGCCACAUUUUUUCCAGACUUCUAAAGCUGAAGAGUUUCAGAUUUUCUGGAAUUUGAAAAAUAUCACAAAUGAACCACAGCUGUUCAAACAAUUUGUACAGUCUGAAAAUUGGUUUCUUGGAUUUUUUUUGGAAAAAAUUCAUACCUCGAUCUCAUAGAAUAAUACAAUUUUGAAUAAUCUAAAUUUCAGAUUUUGUCAAAGUUCAAAAAUGUGGCAGCCAUAAAAAACCAUUGAACGAAUGAAAAACAACACUUCGUGAGUCGCGUGCGGCUGUGCGUCACGGUUUGUUUCCCGACCGCGACGCACAGCCGCACGCGACUCACGAAGUAAGGUUUUUCAUUCGUUCAAUUCUGUUCUAGUUUCUAUUUUUUCCGAUAGCCACAUUUUUCAACAUCUGAAAAACUGAAAUUUAGAUUUUCCAAAAUUGAAUUCUUUGAGAUCGAGAUGUGAUUUUUUUCCAAAAAAAAUCCCAAAAAUCAAUUUUCACACUGUAUAAAUUGUUUAGUCUCCACAUUUUUCAACUUCGAAUAAAUCAAUAUCAUUUUUCAGUAUGCGCAAUGCUUGGCAUGCUCUCACCAGCAUCUCGUGGCUCCCUAAUGUCCGCCUCCGUUUUCCUCUUCUGCUUCAUGGGUCUCAUUUCGGGCUUCCACGCCGGCCGACUCUACAAAACAAUGAAGGGCCGAAAUCCAAUCCGUUGUGCCAUUCAAACCGCCACACUCUUCCCCAGUUUGAUUCUUGGCGCCGGAUUCUUCUUGAACUUUUUCCUCAUUGGCAAACAUUCAUCAGGAGCUGUAAGAGUUUUUUUCCCCAAAACAUCUCUCAUAAAAAAAAAACAAAUAUUUAGGUCCCAUUCGGCACUAUGAUUGCCCUGUUGUUUAUGUGGUUCUGCAUUGAUAUGCCAUUGAUUUUCCUCGGAUUCUACUUUGGUUAUCGCAAACAACCAUACACGCAUCCGGUUCGAACCAAUCAAAUUCCACGUCAAGUACCCGAUCAACCAUGGUUCCUUCGAUUGAUUCCAUCUUCAUUGCUCGCUGGAAUUUUGCCAUUUGGUGCAAUGUUCAUCGAACUUUUCUUCAUUUUUAAUGUGAGAGUUUCAAGAUUUUUUUUUUGAAAAAUCAACAAGAUUUCAGGCAAUUUGGGAAAAUCAAUUCUACUAUCUGUUCGGUUUCCUGUUCAUCGUCAGUAUUAUUUUGGCUGUUUCAACUGCUCAAAUUUCGGUUGUUGCCACGUAUUUCUCGCUUUGCGCAGAGGUAAGAUUUUGGAUAUAUUUUUUCUUCGGGGGAACUUACGCUUGAAUUCCAGCACUAAUUUGGUCGUGAAAUCUUUACAUCUGAAAUUUUUAGUUCAGAAAAAUUUAGAAUCAUUUCUAAAACUGGAAAAAUCCUCUGAAAGUCUUAAGAAGUGUUCAGAUGUCUCCAGAAUUCUUCAGAAGUCUUCAUAAAUCUUUAGAAGUCUCCAAGAGCUUUCAGAUGUCUUCAGAAAUCUUUAGAAAUUUUCAGAAGUUUCCAGAAGCCUUCAGAAAUCUUCAGAUAUUUUCCAAAACAUUUAGAAGCCUUCAGAAGUUUUCAGAAGCCUUUGAAAAUCUUCAGAAGCUUUUAAAAAUUUUCAGAAUUCUUCAGAAGGCUUUAGAAACUUUCAGAAAUCUUCAGAAGUUUUCUAAAAACUUAGAAAUUUCUGAAGAUUUGUGAGGGCUUCUAAAUAUUUCGGAAGACAUCUGAAGACUUUUGAACAUUUCUGAAGAUUUCCGAAGUCUUCUCAAAACUUCUGAAGAUUUUUAGAGGAUUUUUUCAGUUUUGGAAAUACUUCUAAAUUUUUCUGAACCGAAAAAUUCCAGACGAAAAUAGGUUUUCGGCAAAAUUAGUGCUGGAAUUCAAAAUUUUCAGACCUUCAAACCUUCAUUUUUUUCCAGAAUUAUCGUUGGUGGUGGAGAUCAUUUGUCAUCAGCGGCGGAUCAAGUUUCUACGUCAUGGCCUAUGCGAUUUUCUACUACAACACAACUUUGACUAUUGAUGGAUUCGUGCCAACUGUUCUCUAUUUUGGAUAUUCGUAAGUUCAAGGCGCAUGCUAAAGUACGGUAGAACCUGCACAUCUAACUCGAUUUGUGAGAAAAAUUGGAACAAGUUAGAUACGCAGGUGAUACUGUGUGUUCCUUUAGUUUAGAAAUCCUGUGUUUUGGACAGAAAAUUAUCCAAUUUUGCAGAUUCCUUAUCGCGUUGACAUUCUUCUUUAUGACUGGAACUGUUGGAUUCUAUGCCUCGCACUUUUUCUUGACCAAAAUCUACGCGGCCGUCAAAAUCGAUUAA